AUGACUGCAAUGCAUGCGAAUCUACAAUUAAAUCCAAUAGAUGAAACAAUAGUAUCGAAUAAACAAACUCGCACACCAAAUCUACAAAUAUCUAGUACACAACAAUCAUAUCAGUCAUUACAUAAGAUACAUAAAUAUUAUAAAGAAUUUCAACGUGCAUUAUAUAUACUUCAAGCAUCUGUUGAAGAACUUUCGUGUCUAGAAAUUGAACAAUUGCAUUAUUAUGAAACAAUAUUAAAAUCAUCAUCUAAGAUUAUGUUUGAUUUACAAGUUCCAUCGAAUUGUCCUUGUCAAGGAGUUUUACCCAUUGCUAGUGAAUCAAGAUGUUCGAAAAAUGACGUUACUUCUAGUGUCAAUUCACUAAUUAUUUUUCCAUCUGAUCCAAUAGCUAGCACUCAUGAAAAAAAUAUAUUGGACAAAAUAGAAAUGCCAGAUAAAAUGUUUCCGAAGAUAUAUUUUAAACAGAAGCCAACAAAUAAACUUCUUUCAAUAACUAACAAACGAAAAUGCUAUGGAUUCGAUGGCAAGUUCAUGAAGUAUAGGACAAAAAAAGUGUUAAUAAAUCUAAACUUUCGAUGUUCAAAACAUUUCAAUUGA